AUGGAUAAGGAUAAAGACCGAAGAGUUCAACUUCAAGAGCUUAAUAACCGAAGCUGGAAUGGCGAGCAUCACUUUACAACCAAUGCAAAGCUAGACUCUUCCCUUAAGAAGAAUACAGCGUUUAUUAAAAAGAUUAGAACUUCAUUAACCGGAGAUAAGGUGACUGUCACCAUCAAUGAUAUCAAGCUGCUUUCAUUAGAAAAGUAUUUGAGUGAAAUCAUUAUCGGUAUUUCUGAAGGAUUGGCCAAAGUCUCCAAAAAUGAAGAUAUACUUGCCAGUAUGGAGAUAGUUAGUGCACUACAUCAACGAUUCACCAGUCAAUUCAGUAGUCAACUUAUGAUCUUACUUAUUAGUAGUAUGCAAAACCCCAUAAGGAUAUCUGAAGAGGUCAUUGAUGAAAAGGAGGAGUCAAGUCGCAUAAUACGACAGAAGAACUUACUUAAAUUGGUUACUGAAUUUACGCUAAUAGAUGUCUUUCAAGGUGGGUUAAAGGAUUGCCCAAAAGAGAUCAUUCCAGAGAAUUUGGCUAAACGGUAUGGUCAAUUAUUCAACGACCCCAUUUAUAUUGUCAUGUUAAAAGAUUUACUUCAGUUUGAGAUCAGAACCGGGAAUUCUUUGCCAAUUUUCACAUCGUUCUUAAGAAGAUUUUAUCCUUUACUAGUGGACGAAAACUUUACAUUAUUUGGAGUUGAAGAAGAAAGAAUUCUUCAUCAAAUAAUCAAACGGUAUUCUCUGACGGUCUUUGAAUUGUUGGUGGAAUAUCAUCAGACAUUAGUGAGGGCCGAAACCAGAACGAAAAAAGCAGCUAUAAGAACAGGGAAAAUCCUUGAAGAAUAUACUGAGGAACAAGAACGAGCCAAAGAGAUAUUCCAAAAGUUUAAAACCCAUUGUGAAAUCAUUUCCAGUAUAGCUGGUAUGCCAUUACCGCAGUUAAACCUGACAUUAGAGGAAGGUCCAUCGGCAACCAUUGAGAUCAUCAAGCCCAAGUCACUUAAUGAGGAUGAUUUGGGCGGAGUAUGGGAAAACUUGAAGGAGAAACAAUUUUAUACCAAACUUAUACCGUUUGAUGAAUUAUUAGAGCAAUAUAAUGUAGGUAAUGGCAGCACUGCUAACAAUGUUGUUGUUCCUGUUGGUGAGAAGGUGGUUGAAUUAUUGAGACGAUUAUCGAAUUGUACGCUGGAACAAGAAUUAGAACAAUUAGUUGUUGAAUUCAAGCUAUUAAAAUUAUACAACAAAGCCACCAAGAAUCGUUUAAUGAAAUACUUCAUUGAAGAUGCCAACCCCAAUGAUUUAAAAUAUUUUGCAAAAUUCUUGAAAUAUAAUGAAGUGGAAUUAAAAGAUUUAUUGGAUGAAUUGAUUGAAUAUUUGGAUAAUGGAUUCAGAAACCAAAUUCAUAACAACCGCUUGAAUUUCAAGAAUAUUUUCUUCUUUGUUGAAUUAACUAAAUUUAAGUUAAUUCCAAUCCAUAUUAUUUUCCAUAAGAUCAGGAAGUUAACGCAAAACAUAGCGGAAACUAAUAAUAUUGAUAUACUUUCAGUAUUCUAUGAUCAAGUGGGGAGAUUCUUGAAGAAUGAACCUGAGUAUAAAGAUUUGAUGGAGGAAAUGAUUUUGCUUUUGAAGAAAAAAUUGAAGAGUGGGAAUUUAAGUAUCAAUGAUAAAUCAGCCAUAAGGAACUUGUUAUUAACUGUGGAACCAGCUCGAACUCAAGUUAAACUGCAUAAUGAUGUGGUAUCGAAUUUAACUCCAGAACAAAAGUUCAUCAUCCGUACAAUUAGAGUAGAUUUAAACUCCAAGACUCUACCAAUAGUUUGGGAUAUUGUGAAACUAUAUUUUGAGAUUCCCAGUGCUGAAAUUAGACAAACAUUGGUUGAAAUAUUUGUCAAGCCAGAGUUAUUGAACUAUGAGAAUAUUGCAUACUUGUCCUUACUACUUCGGAAAGUGUCUAAACGAGAUCGAUAUUUCCUCAUGAUGGUUACCGAUAGCAUCAUUGAGCAAGUGAUUCGGGGUUUAGAACUAAAUGAUUAUCGUAAGAACAGAACAAGAACAGCCCAGAUCAAAUAUGUUGCUGAGAUGUUUAAUAGAGGAUUAAUAAAGUUCAGUCUGAUUAAUAAAUUGUUGAUGACGAUCUUGACUUUUGGACAUCCCAAUAAUCAAGUAUUCCCUGGCAACUAUCAAGUUGAAAUCGAUUUACCUCACAAUUACUUUCGUAUUCAGUUGUGUUGUCUUUUACUUUUGUCUAUAACUGGGGGGAAUACUGAUGAGAAGUCGAUGAACUUUAUACCUGAGACCUCAAUAAAGGCGUUUUUGGUUUUUUUCCAGUACUAUAUGUUUUGUAAGAAGCAACCGUUGGCCAUGGAAUUGCAGUUUCAGAUUCAAGACUUGUUUGCUAAGUAUUCGCACAUUGAGGGGGUUCAACAGUAUGAAGAUUUGUCGCAGGUGUUGGGGGCUUUACAGCACUUGACGAAUACCAAUGGCUUGCGGACCGAGGAGAACGAUGAAGAAGAGGCCGACGAGGAAGAGGAAGAGGAAGAGGAAGAGGAAGAGGAAGAGGAAGAGGAAGAGGAAGAAGAGGAAGAGGAGGAAGAGGAGGAAGAGGAAGAAGAGGAGGAAGAGGAAGAAGAGGAAGAAGAAGAGGAGAAUAUUGAAGAAAUUGGAGUUGUUACCACUAAUAGUGUGCAUGUUUUUUCCUCUGAGGAAUAUAGCGAUGACUCUGACUCUGACUCUGACCGUGACUCUGACUCGGGCGGAGACAACUAUUCUGAAGAUUCUGACUCUGACGACUCGGAUAGUUUAGACCUGGGUGAAAGUGAUGAUGAAGAAGACGAAGAUGAAGAUGAAGAUGAAGAAGAUGAAGAUUCUGAAACAGAAUUAUUCAUUCCGAACCCUCCAAUUUCAGACGAAGACAAGAAAUUUUUCGAUGAUAUUGAUAAGGAGCUCCAAAAGAUAGUUAUUGAAUCUUAUGAAGGAGGAAGAAACGUGAGCAAACGAUUGAAUGUUCCAAUGCCUUCCACGAGAUCGCAAAGCACGCAAAGCACGCAAUCAGAAAGCAGACUGUUUGGUGAUAAUAAGACUAAAAUGACGUUCAAUCUUAUCACUCGAAAUGGGAAGAAGACCGGCUUCAAGCAGAUCCAAUUGCCUAAUGAUUCAAGAUUUGCAGAGAAUAGAAUAAAACAAAAGAAUGAUAAUGAAGAGCAUAAACAGAAAAUGGUUAAUAUGGUGAUGAAUAUGGAUAAUUGA